UUUUUCUUUGUAUAUUUCCAGACUGUCAAAGUUUUACCACUGAACCAAACAGUCCUGUGUAUCAGUUAGAGGGCCAGCCUGUUACCUUGUCAUGGACUUACAACACUGCUGGCAAAACAGUCACUCAAUUAUGGUGGUUUCACAAUAAUAACUGGAUUGCUUCUAGACAACCUAGUGGACAAACCAGUGUUCUUAAUGCACAGUAUCAGGUAUCAGGGCCUGCAACACUUACAAUAUCAAAUGUUCAGACAAAAGACAACGGGGAGUAUGAAUUUCAAGUGACCUUCUCCAGUGGUCGCCCUCCUGUUAUUAAAGCUGCUGCUGAACUUAUUGUAGUUGUUAGACCAUCAAUUAUACUCAAUACUACAACAGCUCAAACUUUGAAUGAAGGUGCUUCAUUGAAGUUAUUCUGUGUUGCUAGUGGCAACCCCAAACCAUCCUACACUUGGUACAAAGAUAAUGUAAAGAUUCAGGAAGAUCCAAACAACUCUAACUACACAAUAACAUCAGCUGAUAGGAAUGAUGCAGGAAUGUACAGAUGUGAGGCUGUUGUUAAUGCUCCAACUCUUAACCAAUACAGUGCCUCUUACAGUGUCCAGGUUAUAGUUAGAUUCAAGCCUACACACAAAUUAAACAGUUUGAGCAGUAAUCAAACAGUCCUGCAAGGCAAUGAUGCCACAUUUAAUUGCCGGACAGAAGCCUUUCCUACAGCAACCACAUACAGAUGGUUUAAUGAUGGCAAUCAGAUAACCAAUUCAACAAAGUUUGAAAUUUUCAAUGUCGGUGGUGCUGAAGAAAGUAGGCUGACCAUCAAGAAUGCUCAGAAGGGAACUGCUGGACAAUACUCAUGUGAUGGCACAAAUGGAGUUGGAACUGGAGAGAGAAAGACUGCUUUCCUCUUGGUCAAUUAUAAACCUCAGCUAGUCACUGUGACUCCAGACCCAGCCGAAGUGGAACUUGGACAAAGCAUAACACUCACAUGUGAGGCUGAUGGAUUUCCAAAACCCUCCUACUCCUGGAAGUUUAAUGGAGCAGCAAUUGGAGACCGGCAAAACACUUUGCAACUUGCAAGUGCACAAGUAUUGAAUACAGGGAACUAUACAUGUGUGGCAAGAAAUAGCUUUGGUAGUGCUGAGAAAACAAGACUGGUGAAUGUGAAAUACAAACCAACAGUUACAACCUUUACAACUGGGAACCCUGAUAAUACUGCCAUGCAAGGAAGAAGCGUGACUCUUACUUGCAUUGCUAAUGGGUAUCCUCCUCCAACAUACACCAUCAAACGCACAACAUCAUCAAGUACAUCAACCCUGAGUGGCACCUCAGGUGGAAGAUACACAAUUUCUAAUGUGCAGCUCAGUGAGGAGGAUAACACAUACAGCUGUGAGCCACAAAAUGUACUUGGAAAUGGACCCGAACAGCCACUGAAGAUCACAGUUAUAGUGCCACCAACAUUCCAGAGUCAGCUAGUAAACAGACAAACAAAGACUGAAAGUGACACUGUGAACUACGCAUGUACAGUUCAAGCCAAACCUGCUGCAAAAGUUGUUUGGAGACUAAAUGGAAAAAAUCUGACAAACCCCACACAUCCAUACAAUGUCACAGCUAAUUUCGUACCAGUUCCAAAUUCUAAACUUUUGAGGACUCUUUCUUAUUUGACCAUUGAUAAAGUAACUUGGCAGCAGAAUGGGACUUUCUCUUGUGUUGCUUACAACAAUGCUGGUCAGAGAAGUCAAACCACAUUUCUUGAAGUGCGCUGUAAGUAU